AUGGUGGAGAGAGGUGAAGGAGACGAAAGUCAUCCCCAAGGCAUUGAUGCUGGGUUAAGGCUGUGGUUAAAGGAUCUGCGACAAGUGAUGGAAGCUGAGAUGCCUCUACCUUUGGGGUUGACACCAAUUCCGAAUGACUGUCUCCUUUCACAUACAUAUGCUAUUUCCUUUGGAAAGCAUGCUCUCGGUGACAAAACUGCGGCGCCAAUUAGGUCAGGUGUGACAUUCUCAGCGACUGUCACCAAGAAUGAUCGGAUCUCAGCAGAUGAUCACUGGCAGGAUGUACGGCGCGUUGUUCUCUCCAUUCCCUCUCCUGACUUAACACAUGACCCGGGUGACAUCGCAGUCUUACGGCCAGAGAACCCCCACCGACACUCUACUCAACAUCCGUCGGAAACUGAAGGACGACAACAACCCGCCUUUACCGACACCAUGCACGCUCAGAACGUUGGCAACCAAGAAGAUCUAUGGGACUACACCACCCGACCACGCCGGAACAUCCUCGAAGUCCUCGCCGAUGUCAAGGAAACACUGUCGAUACCCAUCGAUUACGUCCUGGAUCUCUUCCCAGUGCUGAAGCCCAGGCAGUACAGUCUUGCAUCCUCGUUGAAGAUGCAUCCGGGUGAAGCACAAAUUCUGGCAGCAAUUGUGGAUUACAAGACAUCCAUGCAUACCCCACGGGUCGGCAUCGCAUCUCGCUGGCUUCGUUCACUGAAACCGGGAACACAGCUCACGACGGGAUUGAUCCGUGGCGCAAUGAUACCCCCACCGCCGGGUGCGAAGUGCGUCAUGGUUGCACCCGGGACGGGCAUCGCGCCCAUGCGUGCACUCAUCCAAGACCGUAUUGCGAGCGGCUCCGACGCGACCGAACAACUCCUCGUCUUCGGAAACCGGCAACGCGAAAAGGAUUUCCUCCUCCACUCUGGAUAG